AUGGCAGGAAGGAAUCAAACUGUCAUCUCAGAGUUCCUCCUGCUGGGACUGCCCAUCGAGUCAGAGCAGCAAAACCUGUUCUAUGCUUUGUUCCUGGCGACGUAUCUUACCACGGCCCUGGGCAACCUCCUUAUCAUCAUCCUCAUUCGCCUGGACUCCCACCUCCACACGCCCAUGUAUUUGUUUCUCAGCAAUUUAUCCUUCUCUGACCUCUGUUUUUCCUCUGUCACAAUGCCCAAGUUUCUGCAGAACAUGCAGAGCCAAGACCCGUCUAUCUCCUAUGCUGGCUGCCUGACCCAGAUGUACUUCUUCCUGUUUUUUGGAGACCUGGAGAGCUUCCUCCUUGUGGCCAUGGCCUAUGACCGCUAUGUGGCCAUCUGCUUCCCCCUGCGCUACAGCACCAUCAUGAGCCCCAAGCUCUGUCUCUCCCUGGUGGUGCUGUCCUGGGUGCUGACCAUGUUCCACGCCCUGAUACACACCCUGCUCAUGGCCAGAUUGUGUUUUUGUGCAGACAGUGUGAUCCCACACUUUUUCUGUGACAUGUCUGCUCUGCUGAAGCUGUCCUGCUCUGACACUCGAGUCAAUGAGUUGGUGAUAUUUAUCACGGGAGGGCUCAUUCUCGUCAUCCCAUUCCUACUCAUCAUCCUGUCAUAUGCACGAAUUGUCUCCUCCAUUUUCAAGGUCCCUUCUGUGAGGGGUAUCCAUAAGGCUUUCUCUACCUGUGGCUCCCAUCUCUCUGUGGUGUCGCUGUUUUAUGGGACAAUUAUUGGUCUCUAUUUAUGUCCGUCAAGUAGUAAUUCUCCUGUUAAGGAGAUUGCCAUGGCUGUGAUGUACACUGUGGUGACCCCCAUGUUGAACCCCUUCAUCUACAGCCUGAGGAACAGAGACAUGAAGGGAGCCCUGGGAAGAGUCUUUUUCAAAAAGAAUAUUCUCGUCUGUCUCUGGUGGUGA